AUGGUGCAGCCCUUCCCGAAUGAGAUAUGGUUGGACAUCUUCGAAGGCCUACUCGAGGAAGGCGAAUGCGACGCGUUAGAACGAUGCAGGGUGGUAUGCAGGGACUUCGAGCCGAUGGCGCGGGAGUGCCUAAGGGGGUUCAUGGUAUUCAAGAAUAUAGAAGAGGUGGAGAGCAUCAAGGUGGAUGUUCCAGGCACGAAGACGGGCGCCGACCGAUUCCACAUUUGGCGACAUUCGCGUCGAGGCUCGCAGGGAGAUGGCCCGGCGUUGGUGGGUUGUGGAUCACCGGGGCGGUAUCUCGAUCUGGACGCCAUUUUGCGCGAUCUGGCCGCCUUUUCGAUCAUUCGCCUCAACCUCAGCGACGUCACCUUGCCGUCGAUUUUGACGCUUGGCCAACUCGUCUGCGCCCUCCCACGCCUCAAAUGGCUCACUCUCCAUGAUGUCCGAUUCAUCCAGCAUCCUCGUGACGCAAGCACUAUCUCUCGAUUCCAUCUUCUGCCGCGCACGCAGCUUGAGAUACUCGUCCUAGACCAUGGGUCUGUGGAUACAGAACUGAGACCCUCCUUCGCUGAAUUGGUCGACCUCUUGGCUGCCGUCAGUAACAGGCGAUUCCCAGUCGCUCUCCCCAAUCUUGCGCAGGCGUCCCCUUGGAGCGUUGUUCGACGGCUAUAUCUCGACAAUGUCACGGUUCCCUCGGUCACGACCUUUGCUCGUCUCCUGUGCGUUCUCCCUGCACUCGAAAGACUUGAACUAUGCGGAUCAUGCGUGUUCGUGAAACACGGCUUUGAUCUCAGAAGCGUGCCUGUGUACCCUGGGUUACCAUUGCAAUUAGCUGACGUUGACCUGACAUACGACUUCCGCUUACACUCCGAUCCUUGUUCUGUGAUUGACCUCGUCGACCUAUUCAUCGCCACUGGUCUCGGCGAGAAUCUCCGGCGCAUUAAGGGUUGCCUGGCACCGUUUUUUCGAGUAGCAAACGAAGUCGACGUCGCCCUCAACAGACUCGUUAAACAUUCAGCACACUCAAUUCACCUUUCACUCGACUCGUCCUUAGCCUGGUGGCUAUCAAAUGGCACGGAUGGAUUGGUACAUGCAGAUCACAAUGCGGCCCCAUAUUUCGACGUUUCUGAGAAUGCAUGCCUCGAACACCUUGAUCUCACAGUCCAAGCCACUGACAAAAAUAUGUCACAUCUGUGUGCCUCGGUGGUCGAGAUCCUAUCGCAGGUCACAUCCACACAUAUAUCCAGGAUUCAAGUGUAUUUCAGUCCUUAUCGUCAGCCUGGCGCAGAGCUUGACGUAGAUCUAGGAAAGCUGAUGAAUGGGCUUUGCCAGCUCGAUGCUGUCCUCUCCGGGGCGAUCUUCAAUAGCCUCGCUAACGUUGAGGUAGACGUGAGAACACUUGACAGAUCGGAUGUGCCAGAUGAAGAUUCAGCGCAUGAGCUAAGGUUGUGCUUGCCAAGGCUUGAUGCACGCGGUAUUUUAGGCAUACGGAUCAAUGGCAUCCUGAUGGGACUGCACCGGGACGAAGAGAAGGGUGAUUGGGCACGUUGCGGGGUCGACAGAGUUGCCGCACAGAACUCUGUGGUGGCUGACGAAGGGACUAGUGCUGACGGCGACAGGCAUAGCAGUAACGCUACCGCCGGUGCACUCUCGCAUGAAGACUCAGAUGUAGUGUCUGCAGUCUCGCAGCCCGUUUGGGUGUCGUCAGCCGCGUAUGCCGAUGCUCAGAUGCCUUCCUCAUUCAAUUUAAUGGAUGCACGAGUACCUGCCGAAUUUGCGUGUGACGAUGAAAGUUUACCUCCUGAUGCAACGGCCGGUCUGGGGACAUCCGUGGACGUAUCUGCGCUAGAUGACUAUGGUGCAGAUGGUGAUUCAUCUGUGGAUUCGGAGUCGCUCGUAUAG